AUGAGAACCCAAGCGCUGUUCUUCCUCACAUUCGCCCUUCUCGCCGUGCUCGCGCAGUCCAGCAACAGGCACCACCACCACCACUCCCAUGUUCAAAGCAGAGGGCAGGGAGCAGGAGGAGGAGGAGGAGGAGGAGGAGGAGGGGAGCUUGCGAGCCGGGGCAAGGCGGCGGCGCGAGCGUGGCCGUGCUGCGACAGCUGCGGCGGGUGCACCAAGUCGGAGCCGCCGCGGUGCCAGUGCCUGGACGCCGUCCCCCGCGGGUGCCACCCGGCGUGCAGGGACUGCGUCAAGUCCAGCCUCAGCGCCGACCCGCCGGUGUACCAGUGCAUGGACCGCGUCCCUAACUUCUGCCAGCGCCGCUGCACCGCGCCCGCCGCCGCGCACUGA